AUGGAGAGAGCUAUGCUCGGUAUUUCUCUGAGGGACCAAGUCCGAAAUGAAGCAAUUCGCCAGAGGACAAAAGUUAUCGACAUAGCUCAACAAAUUAGCUCGCUGAAGUGGCAGUGGGCCGGUCAUAUGUGUCGCAGAACGGACAACCGCUGGGGCACACAUGUCUUAGAGUGGAGACCGCGUCUUGUAACAUUGGCGAUGCAGGCGAUACUGGUUUUCGUUGAACGAGCAUCAAAGACGAACGACAUCGCUGAUAUCUUGCGCUGCGAUGAAGUUCACGAGGGUGAGGAAUAUGAGUACAUAGUGGUAGGCGCGGGCGCGGCCGGUGGCGCGGCGGCGGCGCGGCUGGCGCUCGCCGGACACAGGGUGCUGCUGCUGGAGGCUGGAGGAGACCCAGGACUUCUGACCAGAGUACCUGGAUCGGGAAGUACCUUGAUUGGCACAACUUAUGACUACGACUACGGCACCCAGCCCAACAACAUGUCAUGCCUGUCGUCGCGGGGCGCGUCCUGCCGCUUCGCGCGCGGCCGCGUCGUGGGCGGCUCCACUGCAAUCAACCUCAUGAUGUACACCCGCGGCAGCCCGCGCAACUACGACUACCAACUUGCUGGUUGGACUUGGGACGAUCUCAAGCCAUAUUUUCUGCGAUACGAGGGCCUACGAGACCUGCAUCUGCUUCCCGCUUCAUCGUUGCCGUAUCAUAACACGUCCGGAGUCAUUCCCAUUGGAUACUUUCAGGAAUCCAGCAAUCCGUGGCAGGAAAGGAUAAUAAAGGGGUUCAAUUCUCUAAAUGUUCCCUUCAACGCUGAUGUUAACGCGGAAUCACAGAUCGGGGUAUCGAAGGUUCUCGCUUUCACUGCAAACGCUCCCGAGGGACCUCCCAAGCUUCUGCCGGUUCUGCAGCUCAGUUCAAAGGUACAGGUGCUGUCUGCUGAACCCUCAUCACGGCUACAUAGGUAG